UCCAGCAGCUACAGCAACAAGCACCACAAUUUUGAGCAAAAGGCUCUUUAAAGGAGUCUGUCGUCCAGUCCCUCUCCCAGCUAUAGCUUGCCCACUGCUCCUUCUCUCCAUCUCUCUCUAACCUGAGCAAGAAAUCACCUUACCUACCUCUCUGUGUGUCUCUCUUGGCAUCUCAUGCCCCCGAUCAGCUAGGUCGCUCGCUCUUAUCCAUCCAUCCCUUGCAUGAUCGAUCUUGCAUGGAAGGGACUAGCCGGCUGGAGGCGUGCCUUCCCAGCCUCUACGCGCUCGAUCCGUACACGGCGCCUCCGCCUCCUCUUCCCCCCUUUCUUGCUCCAUUGCCGAACCAGCAGCACAAGCUUCUCCAGAUGCCGUUGGUCGUCCAAGAACAGUCUGUGAACCAUGGCGUGAUGUUUUCUUCCGACCAUGGUGGCGGCGGCUUGUACCCGCUGCUUCCCGGGAUCCCCUUCUGCCACUCUGCCGCCGCCGCUGCCGCCUCCGACAAGCCGGAAACCGGGUUCGCGCCCUUGGCCGCCGGAGAGGUGGGCACGUCGGCGGCGAGAGCCGGAAACGAGGUUGCUAGUACUACUACCACCACUGCAACUAGACAUGGCGCGAGCUCAUGGUGGAAGGGAGCGGAGAAGGGGAAGAUGAAGGUGAGGAGGAAGAUGAGGGAGCCGCGGUUCUGCUUCCAGACCAGGAGCGACGUGGAUGUGCUGGACGACGGCUACAAGUGGAGGAAGUAUGGCCAGAAGGUCGUCAAGAACAGCCUUCAUCCCAGGAGCUACUACCGGUGCACCCACAGCAACUGCCGCGUGAAGAAGCGGGUGGAGCGGCUGUCGGAGGACUGCCGCAUGGUGAUCACCACCUACGAGGGCCGCCACACGCACACCCCCUGCAGCGACGACGACGCCGGCGGCGGCGAGCACACCGGCGCCUGCGCAUUCACCUACUUCUGACCGGCCGAUCGAUCUGCGUACUGUACGUCGGAACAGAUCGAAAUCCCGGCCGCCUGUUAAGGCUGGCUGGAUCAAUAUAUAUACAGCGUGAUAGCAUUUUGUGCUGCCUUUGGUUAAUUAGAUAGCCUAGCUAGCCAUAUAAUACUUGCAUUAUGAACAUGCCUGAUGCACGCGUCGAUCGAGCUGUAAUAUCCUGAUCGAUCAAGCUGUUAAUUAUGACGAUCUAGGUGACGAGUUCUAUAAGCAAUAUCAAAGCAUGCAUCGGGUGAUCGAAGCUGGUACUCCGUAGUAUAUUUGAAACAUCUCGAUCCAUUAAUUUUACCAUGAAUGAACAGUAUAUAUUACCUGUA